CGUGUGGCCAGGCCCCCAGCUCUGAGAGAACUUUACUCCUCCCGGCUCCCACUGCCGUUUUGUCCGACUGCCUUGGCCAACAGCCCUCCUGUGCCACUCUCUGCCCGGGCUUCCUGUGGCCGCUCUCCGCUCCCCUCCCAACGCCGCUGCCUUCGUUUCUCGCCCUCCUUCCCUCAGCCUCGCCCGCCGCCUUCUUUCCCUCUCUCCAUCCGGCCAGCCGCGCUGCAGUGAUGUGCGACAAGGAAUUCAUGUGGGCUUUGAAAAAUGGAGACCUGGAUGAGGUGAAAGACUAUGUGGCCAAGGGUGAAGAUGUCACCCGGACACUAGAAGGUGGUAGGAAGCCUCUUCCUUAUGCAGCAGAUUGUGGGCAGCUUGAAAUCCUGGAAUUUCUGCUACUGAAAGGAGCUGAUACUAAUGCUCCAGAUAAACAUCAUAUCACCCCUCUUCUGUCUGCAGUAUAUGAAGGUCACGUUUCCUGUGUGAAACUGCUUCUAUCAAAGGGUGCUGAUAAAACUGUGAAAGGCCCAGAUGGACCAACUGCCUUUGAAGCCACUGACAACCAGGCAAUCAAAGCUCUUCUUCAGUGAUGGCUGGAUGGACUGAUCCAUAUGGAAGAAUGCCUCUCCCGUGACCUCACACUGCUGCCUGUCUGUCUGUCACUCUCUAUCUGCCAGCUUCUUCAGCUAAAUACUUUAAGAGAGGGGAGGGGAGAGAGAAAUUCAUAAUAAAUCAGACUACCAGAAAAAACUAUUUUUAGAGAGUAAAUCUGUAUGAUCAGGACUUUAUUGGGAUUCCUGAUCAUGUCACUCUCAUGUU